UUCCUAAAGAGAUUAAAAGGGUGCGGCUAAGUGAUAUUAACACUCGGAAGGAUAUCUCACAGCAUCCGCACGAAGUAGUUCCGAGACUAGAACAGGGAUCACCUUGAGCUGCAGAAGUGUAGCGUCUGUUACAUCACUUUGAGCUCUUCUCCAGUUUAAAGGACCACUCGCUCUACACCAGUGAAAACCAUGCAAAAGGCUCAAGAUAUGGGCACUGCCUUCAUUCAGACGCAGCAGCUCAGUGCUGCCAUGGCGGACACCUUCCUGGAACACAUGUGCCUGCUAGACAUCGACUCUGACCCCACCACCGCACGCAAUACUGGCAUCAUCUGUACUAUCGGACCAGCCUCUCGAUCUGUGGAUAUGCUCAAGGAGAUGAUAAAGUCUGGAAUGAACAUUGCACGCUUAAACUUUUCUCAUGGAACACAUGAGUAUCAUGCUCAGACAAUCAAGAAUGUCCGUGAGGCCUGUGAAAGCUUUGAACCAGGCAGCAUCAGCUACAGACCUAUUGGCAUUGCCUUGGACACUAAAGGACCAGAAAUCAGGACCGGCCUCAUUCAUGGGAGUGGUACUGCAGAAGUGGAGCUAAAGAAGGGCAACAUGAUCAAGAUCACCUUGGAUGAUGCGUAUCAAGAGAAAUGCAGUGAUCAGAUUCUGUGGCUCGACUACAAAAACAUUACCAAAGUGGUGGAAGUGGGCAGCAAAAUUUACAUUGAUGAUGGACUUAUAUCUCUACAGGUUAUGGAGAUGGGUUCUGAUUACCUUAUGUGUGAGAUUGAGAAUGGUGGCAGCCUGGGAAGUAAGAAGGGAGUGAACUUGCCUGGUGCCGCCGUGGACCUGCCAGCAGUCUCUGAAAAGGACGUCCAGGACCUGCAGUUUGGCGUGGAGCAGGGAGUUGACAUGGUGUUCGCCUCUUUCAUCCGUAAAGCUGCAGAUGUACAUGCUGUUAGGGCAGUACUGGGAGACAAGGGCAAAAACAUCAAGAUCGUCAGUAAGAUUGAGAAUCAUGAGGGUGUGCGCAGAUUUGAUGAGAUUAUGGAGGCCAGUGAUGGGAUUAUGGUGGCUCGUGGCGACCUCGGGAUUGAAAUUCCCACAGAGAAAGUGUUUGUGGCCCAAAAAAUGAUGAUUGGACGCUGCAACAGAGCUGGCAAACCAAUCACAUGUGCCACUCAGAUGUUGGAGAGCAUGAUCAAGAAGCCAAGACCCACUCGUGCUGAGGGCAGUGAUGUUGCCAACGCUGUUUUGGAUGGCGCAGACUGCAUUAUGUUGAGUGGUGAGACAGCCAAGGGAGACUACCCCCUGGAGGCCGUGCGCACACAACACAUGAUAGCUCGAGAGGCAGAGGCAGCCACCUUCCACAGACAGCUGUUUGAGGAGCUCAGAAGACACUCCCAGUUGACCAGAGACCCCUCUGAGGCUGUAGCUGUGGGAGCUGUGGAAGCCUCCUUCAAGUCCUGUGCUAGUGCCAUUGUAGUUCUCACCAAGAGUGGAAGGUCCGCUCACCUGAUCUCUAGGUACAGACCUCGUGCCCCCAUCAUUGCUGUUACUCGCAAUGCGCAGACAGCUCGCCAAGCCCAUCUGUACCGUGGCAUCUUCCCAGUUCUUUACACUAACCCUGCCCAUGAUGUUUGGGCUGAGGAUGUGGACAUGCGUGUCAACUUUGCAAUGGAAAUGGGUAAAGCUCGAGGCUUCUUCAAAGAAGGAGAUGUAGUUAUCAUCCUCACCGGCUGGCGCCCUGGCUCUGGUUAUACCAACACCAUGCGUGUGGUUCUGGUGCCCUGAAAGGUCACUGGCUCUUUCAUAGCUCUUCUUCACACACUCCAAGGCUCUCCCCACACAACCAAAAUGACUCCAACAUUCAAAUAAUUUAUUUGGAAAGUAUGAAGUAUACAAUAAGAGCUAUGUUUUCCAUCCAUGCCACACUGUAUCCAUUCCUUGUUUGUUUGCCAGUAAAACUAUAGUCUAUAGGGCUCAGAUUCAACAGCUUGUCCUAAUCUGCUGUAUCUCAAAUGUCUCUUAUGCAUCAAUCUGAGGUGAGAUUGAUGGGGCAGAAUGAAAUACUGCUGUUCACUCCAGUGCAGCUGCAGCUCCAUUGUCAUAAAGCCAGCCUUUACAGUAAUAGAUGUUUGUUGCAUUCCUAACCUAAUUCAGACAAUAUUGUAUUCAUAUUACUUCUAUUCAAUGCCAUGAUAUGUAUUUUGUCUAUAUAGAUACAGGCAGAUUUUGGAGGUCGAAAUGUGUUUGAACAAGUUACUGUAUUGUGUUGGUGUGUCAUAAUGCCUUUGCAUUUUCAAUUUGGGUCAAAUGUUCAUUGGCACUUAAGAAUCUUGUGAUUCGCAAAAGUUAACUGAUAUGAAUAAGCACUUUUCUGGGUUUUUCCCCCAGUGGGAGAUGUGAAGUCGAGUCCUGCUGGGCAUCUUUCCUGUGUUAGUGACCCACAUAGCUUUGUGUCUUGUAUGCUUUUGAUUGUAAUGCCUGAGUGUAUGAAAUAAGUGUAAAAGGAAGUUUAGCUGUGUACUGGGCUAUCCUAUUAGACUGGAUUUAUUUCAAUAAAAGAAAUAGUACCACA